AUGCCAGCUGGAUAUGUAGCAAUGAAAUAUGGAAUGAUGGGAGGAGCAGAAAGUGCAACGACAGCAUGUGCAACUGGGCUGCAUUGCCUUGGAAACGCCUUUCGAUCCGUGCGACAUGGUUGGGCGAGGCGCGCUAUAGCCGGAGGCACAGAGGCUUGCGUUAAUGCUAUAGCUUUGACUGGUUUUGACAGAAUGCGAGCUUUGUCUCACGGAAAGGACCCUUCGUGCAGUUGUCCCUUUGACAAAAAGAGAAACGGUUUUGUUCUUAGUGAAGGCGUUGGACUGGUGCUACUGGAGCGAUUACAAGAUGCUCUCGAUAGAGCUGCUCCUAUUCUCGCUGAAGUGAUUGGCUACGGCAUCUCCUCCGACUGCUAUCAUAUCUCGAGCCCAGAUCCAUCUGGAAUUGGAGCCCGACUAUCAAUGCAGCGAGCCCUUCACGAUGCUAAAAUUAAACCCGAUGAUGUGACGUAUGUCAAUGCACACGCGACGUCCACACCAACCGGAGACACAAUCGAAGCACUAGCGAUUCGAGAAGUUUACGGAAAUAGAAAACUGACAGUCUCUUCCAUAAAAGGGCACAUCGGUCAUCUUCUUGCUGCCGCUGGUUCUGUUGAAGCGAUUGCGACUGUAGCAGCGAUUUGUGAAAAGAAAUUACCUGCGAAUUUAAAUCUUACAGAGUCAGAUGAUGAUGAUGGGCUAGAGCUUUUGAGAGAUGUCAAAGACUGGACUACCCCUAGGAUUGCGAUUGUAAACUCAUUUGGUUUUGGUGGCACAAAUGCUAGUCUUAUUCUUAGCGAAUACAGAGAGUGCGCACUGGAAUCUCCCUAUGACUCGCAAGUUCCGAGUCGUAAGGAGAUUCCUGUGCACACACUGAAACUGCUGGACGUCUGCAAAUUACGGAUUUGA